AUGUCCUCCAAUCGCCCACCAUCAUUCGACGAAAUUUUACAAUCAUCUUCGCUCCCUAGUCCUGGUCCUGACUACUAUGCCGCCCGUCGCGAGAUAUGGCUAACUAGCCGUCCUCACAUCACACAUCGUCCCCCGCCUCCUUCCAAUUCCAGAAAGAAAUUGGAGGAAGUCUUCAGCCGUCCCGGUGCCGUCUACAACGAGGAUAUCUGGGCCAAUGGCCUCGAUAAAGUAUGGAAGGGUCUAUCUUCCGGUGGGAAACUCAGAGUCAGCUUGCCAAUGGGUUUGAUCAUCCAGAUCAUACACGCCGGUUGGUUGCGCGAUAAAACGUGGCCAGCUGGGUUAGAGGUCAAGGAUUCAGGGGAUGAGCAGCAAGCAAAUGGUGCACCAUCAUCUGUCGCCACGAUGCGACAAUCACCGUCAGCGCAGACAUUUAGAACGUCAGAUAUCAUGGAGCCCAUGCCUCCACACACAAUUAGUAGAAGAUGA